GCAACCGAUUCGGUCGUCGUAUUUCUAUGGUGAUUAGAAAAAGAGGCGUAAAAUCCUAAUAAAUCGUUUCAUUCGAGCGAGCAAUAAGUGAGUGUAUAUUUUUUAAGGAUAAAAAUGAAAAUAAAAAUAAAAAUAAAAAUAAAAACAACCCAUUAAGGUUAAAUGGAAUCCAUGAAGUGAGGGGGUUUUCUUAAGUGAUUUACUUGCAAAUAAUAUUCAAAUUGAAUAAUGUAAAAAUGUUGCAUAAAAACGCGGAAGUCAGUGUAUAGCGGUUUUAUUUUUUAAAUUCAAGUUUUUGUUUUUAUAAUCUUCGAUUUGAAAGUGUUUUGGUGAAGUAGAGUAACGGUUUAGUGAACAAGAAACUUAUACAAAAAAGAUUUUUUUAUUAAAUUUAAUUUUGUGUUUGAUGGUUUCUGAAAAAAAAUAAUAUACGUUUGUGAGUGUAAUAAAGAUUUGUUUAUAAAACAAAAACCAUUCAUCAAGGAUUAAACACCGCUGUUGCAUCAAAGGCGAAGGUCGUCCGUCAUCUCAGUUAAAGUUCUUGGAUUAUGGACAGUAAUGCCAAAGAAUAAAAUUGGAUACUAAUUUAUUUUUGGUAAUCGAAAAGGAUAAUUAAACACAAUCUGUGCUGCCAUUGAAGAAAUAAAAUACAAGAAAACCGAACUUAUUGUUGACCGCCCUUGGUUCUUCCCAUUCCGUUGCGUUACGUUUCAUUUUGUUCUGUUCGCGUUUGGCGGAGGAAGCAAAUGGGGUUUUUCCCGAAGGACAUCUUUGCCUUGAGUUCCUUCGUAUUGGUAGACGUAUGCCAUGUGUCUAUAGAAUGUUGCCAUCGUCGUCGUCGUCGCCAGCCAAGAGUGUGAUAUUAAAACAGCUCAUGUGUUUAAAUUAAUAUCUAAAAGACGGACACAACUAUUCCCAGUAGAUGCGGAAUAAAUUCAUUAUUCCUGGUUAUUUUCACACCAUCUGGUGGGCAAUACUCGUGCACACACACCCUCUAUAACGAACGGAAGGCACCUAUCGGAGUCACACUAAUGCGACAAAAUGUACAACCGUUCGUGUCAAUGGCCAAACUUUACCGACUGCAGCGGCAGUGGCAGCAGCGGCAGCAACAGCAAUGGUGCCAAUCUAACGCUGUUCAAGGAUAAUUUGCUGGACGUUGAAUUUGAAUUGGAACUCAAUGAGACUGCGGAUUGGCCAUUGGAGCGUGUUGUUUCGAUGGUCGUGCCUGUAUUUUUCGGAAUAAUUGGAUUAGCUGGAUUACUGGGAAAUGCCUUGGUGAUAUUGGUGGUCGUUGCGAAUCAGCAAAUGCGUUCCACAACAAAUUUACUAAUAAUAAACUUGGCCGUGUCGGAUAUCCUUUUUGUGAUAUUUUGUGUACCAUUUACGGCCACGGACUAUGUUUUACCCGAGUGGCCCUUCGGAAAUUUAUGGUGCAAAUUUGUCCAGUAUAUGAUUGUGGUAACAUGUCACUGCAGCGUAUACACACUCGUCCUUAUGUCCUUCGACCGAUUUUUGGCCGUUGUACAUCCGGUAACCAGUAUGUCUCUACGAACGGAACGUAACGCUAUGUUAGCCAUUUUCCUAGCAUGGAUACUCAUCGUAACAACAGCAACCCCCGUAGCCUUGGCACACGCAGUCAGGAUUUACAAAUUCCGAGGAAACAACUAUACGGCCUGUGUGUUCUCGACCGAGGAAGGUGUCUGGAGUCUGGUUGGUUUUCAGGUGUCGUUUUUCCUAUCAUCUUACGUUGCGCCACUAACGUUGAUAUGUUUCCUGUACAUGGGUAUGCUGGCGCGUCUAUGGAAGAGUGCUCCAGGAUGCAAGCCCUCAGCUGAAUCAAGGAAAGGCAAAAGAAGAGUAACUCGAAUGGUAGUGGUUGUCGUCCUAGCAUUUGCCAUAUGUUGGCUUCCAAUUCAUGUGAUACUUGUCCUGAAGGCGUUAAAUUUAUAUGCCAGCACUCAUGUUACUGUGAUUCUACAAAUCGUUUCACAUGUCUUGGCCUACACAAAUUCCUGCAUAAAUCCGAUCCUGUACGCCUUUCUGUCGGAUAACUUCCGAAAGGCAUUUAGAAAGAUUGUAUGGUGCGGCAGUCCUCCUCCGUUGUUGAAUCCAAAUCAAGUUACAAAAACAACAAGGACCACUGGAAAUGGCACUUCAAAUAUCGAUAUGCUGUAAAUGUCUUACAUUUUUUUAUACUCACAAUAUAUAGAAUACACUAAAACCUUUUUGUUUUGUAUUUAUUCAUUUAUUUUUCAUAUCAUCCUCAAUUUUAUUUCCAAUUUUCUAUCCCCUUAAAGUUAUUAUUUAAACAUUAAACUUGUAAAGCAAAAAAAAAACAUUACCUUUUACUUCAAAACUCGAUACGACCACAACAAAAACUAUGACUUGAGAAAUUCUUUGCUAUAAUAAUAAAUGUUUUUUAAUAAAUAUCCUUUUCUGCGAGAGGAAAUCGACAAUGAAAUUCCAUUUCUAAUCCUUCGUCCUUUAACUAUAAACUCCGACCUAGAAAACAAAUUAAAUCAUUUUUCAUUCGCUUCAACAUGAUGCCAGCACAAAAUGCUGAGUUUUUGUAUGUUACAAAGUUAUCGAACCGCAUAAACGAGCAGAAAAUGAAUUGAUGUUUUGAGGGAAUAUACAUUUUCUAUUUAAACUCAAAAACAGGAUAAAUGAUGGAAUUAAUUUCCAAUAUAUAAAAUGCAAUUUAAAUUCUUGCAUGUAGCAAAAUCAAUAGAACCGAACGUGCUUCUCGUCGGUCGGUCGAAGAUAAAAUGUUCCUUGUUGUAAAAUCAAAAAUGCUAACUAAAAUACAAAUAAUAUUUUUGAAGAAAAUUCAAAAAUUCUUUUAGUUCAUAAAUAUACCUUACCUUCGAAAACAUAGUAUCAGUUUUGGAACAAGCACAGACUCACUUGUGGUCGGGAAUGUUCAGUGCAGUAAUUGAUUUUUCAUAUCAUAAAUACCAUAUCAUAGGUUUAAUAGGAACUAUUGAUGGGAAGUUAUAACGAGGACUGUUAAAAUUGUUCCUUCUGCGUUUGAAUUACAGAGAAACAUAACUAACUUUCGUCUAGGUAGGUAUGUCUAGGUUCUUGGAACGGAAUCAUACAUUCUAUUUUAUUACGUACAUAUAUAUUUCUCGAUAUCAUUUAAAUGGCCUUUUGUUAAAUUGAGUUGGAAAGUUUUAUUCUCACCAUCGAGGCUACAAGCAUUUUGCCUAAUCCUACUGAAAGUUGGUUUAUAGGUAGGAUGGGUGUCUUUAAGCUGGUUGAUAAGCUGAGUUUAUAGUCAUGAUAAAGCUUUGAGAUAGUUUCAUGAAGAACUUAGAAAAUAAAGUUCAGAAAUUCCAGUCAACAAAAUUGUAUCAUAUGAAGGGUUUUCGAAAAUUUACAUUACGUUUACAUUUACAUUACACACUACUCAGCGCAUAAAUGUACAGAGUAGAGAACACAGGACCUUGAGGCGCCUAGACUAUGUAAGGUAAGAACACAAGACAUUAAUACAAGACAGAAGGACAGAAGAGAAAGAACACAUGACAACAGCACGCGGUAGGUUUCCAGACGGUCCGCCAUCUGUCUACUAACCACGCUCACUGAUGCUUGAUUUCGGUGAUUGAUGGGAACCGAAGCUUUAUCAGUGGUUUUAGAAAAUUUUAUAAAGCCUUCAGUUUUCAAACAUUUGCGUUGUAAAAAUAGAAUUUGUGAUGUGAUUCCUUGGAUUUAAAGAACAUUAUCUACUCAAAAAGAGGACAUUUUAUUUCGAUUAUUGAUAAAUAUUUUCUGAAUAAUUUUUGAACUGAUAAACAUUUUACGACCAUUAUUGGACGAAAUUUUAAUUUUAGUAAUUUUUUCGAAUUUUAAAUCUCACGAAAAUCAGUUUGGUGGAGUUUCCCAAAAAAAUGAAGUUAUUUUAACAUUUUGACGGUUUGAAUCUUUUUUUAUUCUAA